AUGGCGGGGAUGCUGGAAGAGUACGAGCUCGGCGACCUCCUUGGGUCCGGGUCCUCGGCCCAGGUGUACUGGGCACAGCGCCUCCGUGACGAAGAGCUCGUAGCCAUCAAGGUCGUCGACAAGCUCCAGCAUGCACAGCUCCGGACGCAGUCCAAGUCCCAGGCGCGGUCCGAGGAGAUGCAGGAGCUGGCGAUCCAGCGCAGCCUAGACCACCCCAACAUUCUCAAGAUCCUCGACGUCUUCCAGGACGCGCGCAACGUGUUCAUCGUGCUCGAGCCGUGCGCGCGUGGCUCGCUGCAGGCGCUUGUCAAGGGCAAGCGGCCUGUGGUCGAAGACGAGGCCAAGCACUACGUCUACCAGCUUGUAUCGGGCGUCGACUACCUCCAUCGUGCGCACAUCAUCCAUCGCGACCUUAAGCUCUCGAACCUCCUCGUGACCGAGCAGGGCACGCUCAAAAUCGCCGACUUUGGCUUGGCGACGAGCUUCACCCGCCAUACACCACCGUCCACGAUCUGCGGGACGCCCAACUUUAUCGCACCCGAAGUGCUGCUUGGCAAGCCGUACUCGUACGCCGCCGACCUCUGGUCCAUCGGCUGCAUCGUCUUCACGCUGCUGACGGGCCACCCGCCGUUCCAAGGCGACUCGGUCAGCGACACGCUGCGCAACAUUAGUGCACAGACAUCGUCGCUGGCGUUCCCACCGUUCGUGUCAUCGACAGCACAGGACUUUGUUCGGUCGCUGCUGUGCGUGGAACCGGCCGAGCGAUUGCCGUGCCACGCACUGUCACACCACCCGUGGCUCCAGCCGACGACAGCGCGCAGGAAAGCAGCCAAGACCAAGCGCCCUGCGCGUAGCCGACGGGCACCCGCGGUUGUCGUGGCCGAGUCGUCGAGCUCGUCGUCGCAGCACAGCGAGAAGAGCGACGUGGAAGACGAAGACAUUGCAAAGCUGCAAACGAUGCUCGACAAAAUCACCGCCAGCGACCGACGCGCGCCGCGAGGGGCGGUGACAGCCGUGAGCGCCGAGCCAACGGCCGUCGAGGACGACCCGUUGCCGUCGUUCCACGACCACGCGGAGUUCCAAGUCGAGUACCACUCGAUCCUCGACUUGCCUCCAGACGAGAUCAUGGGCACGCUGCACUGUACGUGGACGCCCGAGGCGUUGACGCUCAGUGGCCGUCGCGGCGAGGUCGUGCGCUACUCCCUGCACGACGCCCGCGUCACGGGCCAGCUCCGCGACGAGACUCUCUUCGACGUGUGCAUCACGGACAUGGCUCCGAGUCUGCCGCGCACCAUGACGUGGGUGCGACUCGCGCAAGUGUGCCUCCACUUGUACCUUUCAGCGCCACGAUCUAUGAUCGAGACGCUGCGUCUGUCGGACGACGUGAUCGAGAGUCUGGCGCGCAACGAGAGCCUCGAGCGAACGAUUCGCGCGCAGCAGCAAGCGCCGCAUCGUUUCAAGACCAACUCGGACUCGGUGCGGUCAGCCGACCUCUUUGGCAUUGGCCGUGGCGAAUGCCUUGCAGACGGCACCUUGCGUAUCGCAUUCGUCGACGGAAGCGAGCUCGUCCUGGACGGUGGCGCGUCCACCGUCGAGUUCCGAGAGCCGGACGGCGGGCGGUACGAGCAGUACCCCUUGGGCGCCUCCGCCGUCGCGACGAUCCCGUCAGCCAUCUCGCGGAAGCUAAAGUACGUCUCGCUGUUCGUGCAGGCCAUGAAGAAGCAGCGACCGAGCACGUCGCAAUGA